CUCGUUUCAAUAUUGAAUUAAAUACUCUUUUCAAAAAUAUUAUCUGAGUGACUAUCAUGUAAUUUAAAUAUAUAUAUAUAUAUAUGUAUCGAUUUUUAUAAUCGUGAGAACAUGUGUAUUAUAGCACUGUGAAGCAAUUAUUUUCACUAUUUUCCGGGACCAAGAUGCCAGAACGAAUCGAAAUCGGUGUUAUCCCGAAUAAUUUGAGACAUGAAGAAACUAUAGUUCAAAUAGCAGAAUCUCUGGACAACUUGAGUGAUGCUGUCUCAUAUAUAUUUGAUUGUAUAGACAAGAGGCUUUCAAAAAAUACGCAAAGAUUAACUAGCAUUAAAGAAAGAGCAAGGAAAUUGGAAGACAGAUUGCACUAUUUGCAGACUAAUUUAAAUUUGAAGGCAGUAAAAAUGUACUCUGCUGCUAAGUAUCCAGCUAAUCAUACUUAUAAGGAGUAUCAAAUGACUGUACCUCCGCAGCGCAAACAUGCGCCUAUUAUACCAAACGCUUAUAAAUGUUCUGUGCCUAUAAAAGAUAUUCCCGAAGCGUAUUUAUCUUCUAAUUGUAAGACAGAGGACGGUCACUAUACUGCGAAUGUCAAUCUCCAAGAGAAGCUCCAAUUUUAUCACGUACGAUCAAAGGCUAGCAAAAAAGAUAACCCUGAAAAUAAUGAGGAGCCAUUGCCACCACAAUUAUCUUCAGUUAGCGCCCUCCUACUAUUUGAUAGCAUGGAUAGUCCCUACGAAAAAACAUCCACGAGAUCAUCGCGUCAAUCUACUGACAAGCAGCAAAUUGAAGAUGCGCCAGAUUCGAUUGUACAACCGUGGCUGUCGUCGGAUAUGGACGCGUCUUCCAGUUAUUUAUAUACUCCAACUCUUGGAGAGGUUCCUCAGAUAAAUGUACCACUAACACUCCCGGAUUUACCGGGUAUUGUGGAUGAUGAGAAAUUCGUGCUCGAUUUUAAUUCUCAAAGCCCUAUCGCGCCGUCAUCUGCAGUCACGACGCCUACCGUUCGCUUGGAUCUGCCGACACCGAUCAGCGACGAAAAAGACUCUGGGCCGAAGAUGGAUGAUAAUGUUCCACACUUGCCCGUUCUGCCUGUAUCUACUAUCGUGACAACCGCGCUGCAGGAACCUGCGCCACCACCUCCUCCACCUCCUACGUUUACCAUAAAAGCAAACAAUGCUGCGAGCAAUGAAAAAACUAGUUUCCAGCAAAUUAUGGCACCACCGCCGCCACCACCGCCACCGCCACCACCGCCGCCACCGCCAGCUAAAGAUUCGACUGUUUCUGCAUCAAACAGCAAUGCGGAGAAACAAAAGAAGACAAUGAGCUGUCCGUCUGCGAAAGCUACAACGGAUGAUCGUUCCAAUUUGAUGGCGGCGAUUCGAGACGCUGGCGGAAUAGGUAGAGCGAAAUUGAGGCCUACUGCACCGGAUGCGAAGAAGCACGAUCGAUGGUCCUCGGCAUCAGUCGGGGGAGAUCUGAUGGCGGAUUUGCACACGAAAUUAGCUCUGAGACGCAAAGGUAUCGCCGGCUCCACAAUGGGCGCUCUAGAAAGAAUGUCCAGUCUGAUACCACCGCCUCCAAAACCGAAUGAAGCGUCCGCGUCGGACAGAAAUUCCGCCACCAGCGAAUAUGACUCUCAACCUGACACAGAUGAUUGGGAAGAGUGAUUAUUACUGUUGCGGUGAUUAAUCGAACGUCAUUCUAUUGAACAUUUAUUGUAACAUAUGGAACAAUUAUGUAGACAAAUGGCUUAAACUGUCAGUAUUCGCGUAUAAAGACUCAGGGGAAAUUCGAUAAUAGACUGAAACAUGCGGAUGAUAGCCACAAUACAGAUCUAGGUAUAGUACUUUCUUUUUUUCAAAGAUAUGAAAAUUACUUGUUUUAAAAUUUUAUUCGAUGUGUGGCUGCUGAUUAUAUCUUUCUCUAUAAUUAAUUUAAACACAAGUUUAUGUUGAAAAAAUCGUUGUGAUAAUAUUAUAAUUCACAUAGUACAGGCAGAAAGACAUUGUAUUAUAAUUAUAUAUACAAAUGAGCAAAUUACAUAUUUUAUAUAGGGAUAAAAGAUUUCUUAUGAGAAUAUAAGUGUAUAUAACAGAAUAGAAAACUUUAUUUUAUACA